AUGGCGCUCCUGUACCUAGUCUCGAAUGGCGAGGUAACAGCGAUCUCACCACCUACCGCCGAUCUUCCCAGCGCACUCAGUAUGCUCACGAUCCAGGACCCUUCGAUUCCGAUGCCCGGCAAAUGCCAUAUCGACAGAUGCGCCGUCGAGAUCCUGAUACAAGUUGCGGAGAGUCUGGACUACCAGAGCCUGUGCUCCUUGGCGCGCGUCUCUAAGCGCUACCCGGAAGCCGCACAGGAUGCACUCUACCGCUUCGUCGAUCUUCGUCCAGCCGAAGAAGAUCUGGAAGCAGUGUACGUGUACAACGAUUGUCCCAACAAGUCUGCUAUUGCCAUGUUUCUCCGGACUAUCCAACAGAAGCCUCAUCUGGCGACCAAGGUCAGAGACUUAUGGUUUAUGCCACAGUCGAAACCGGUCUUAUACCCGGAACUGUUCUACGUCACUGCACCGUUCGUCCCUCAAAGUAUGAGGUUCGGAGUUCGUAGGUACAAAGUCGAAGAGAAGAAGCUAGCGUGCAAACUUCUCAGCUGCCUCACCGAGUUACGGUCUUUGACCAUCACCGCUCUGGACGAAUAUAUCUGCCACUGUGAGUUCGGCCUUUACGAUAUCUCAAACAGCAGACGCGACAAGGGUGUCUUUGAACGGCUCCCGAUGCGUCUGGAAAAGCUUACGAACCUACCCUGCUUUUGGAAGCUUACAUCUAUACAUGUUUCUCAUGGCAAGCUGGACUGGGCGAUCGCUACAUUACCUACACUGCACACCCUAUGCAUAGGUACUGGGGCAGACGUAAAGGUGCCGUCACCUUACGCCGAAGCCGCCAAUAUCACAACUCUCAUCAUCGAAGUCGAAGAUGGAACUCACGAAAACUGCUUCCUGGAAGCGAUAAAUAUCCUCGAUCAUCUCCCAAAUGUCCAUACAUUGACUUUGGGUUCUUAUCUGUCGAAAGGGGGUGAUCACAGAUUUCCUCGGAGUGGUAAAGACUACUUUGGCGGUACCGACUUAGGGAACACGGGGUCAUUCCCCUUCCACAUCGUGCAGACAUUACUCGAUCACGGACGCUCGGUUGAGAAUCUGAUAUUCACGUACUCAGAGCCUGUGCGUUUCGGAGACACUACGACUGUUCGCUUGGACGUUCGUGAGUUCGAACAGCUACGGCGAAUACAGAUUGCUGAGUGUCGCCUGGUGGAUAGUCAUGACCUCCAGCGCCACACUGGGCCCGGUCCAUCUCAGCUGCUACCUCGUCGCAUUCGAAAUCUAGGCAUCACCCAUCCUAGGUCUCCAAGGCCGGAGGAUGGGGACCGCAAGUCAAAGCUCACGAGCUGGCUAGGAGAGCUGACCAAGACCGACUUUCCAGACCUGCGACAAGUUGAGGUUGUGUGUUCGGUCGGAUAUGGAGAUGAUAUAGGGUUCAAACAGCGUCUUGAGCAGUCUGCAGAAGUUCGCUUCCUCGAGACUAUCGGUGUGGCAGUGGUGAUAAGGAAGGAGUGA